AUGACCGGUGGUGGCAAAUCUGGUGGCAAGGCCUCUGGCUCCAAGAACGCCCAGUCUCGUUCUUCCAAGGCUGGCCUGGCCUUCCCUGUCGGCCGUGUCCACCGUCUUCUUCGCAAGGGCAACUACGCCCAGCGUGUUGGUGCCGGUGCUCCCGUCUACCUCGCCGCCGUUCUUGAGUAUCUCGCGGCCGAAAUUCUCGAACUCGCUGGCAACGCCGCCCGCGACAACAAGAAGACCCGUAUUAUUCCCCGUCAUCUCCAGCUCGCCAUCCGCAACGACGAGGAGUUGAACAAGUUGCUGGGACAUGUCACCAUUGCACAAGGUGGUGUCCUGCCCAACAUCCACCAAAACCUUCUGCCCCAGAAGACUGGCAAGGGCAAGAGCGGCAAGAACGCCAGCCAGGAACUGUAA